AUGGAUGAGAAUCAACUUUCUAUUCUGGACCAAACAAUUGGUGUAGCAAGUCAAAGGAAACAUCUGACAAAGAUGUUUAAAUUUUUUCACGCUAUAUACCAAGUUAUGUUACUACACCAAGGUCCAAUAUAUGAAUUCACCCUUACCAUGGACAUGGAUAACACCUGCUUUGAAAUUGAUCACAUAAUAGUGUAUUUGUCAAGGAGCAAUACUCUCAAGAAGUGCCAUCUUAGCUUUGGGCCUCCUAUUAAGUAUAGGUUACCGUUGUCUUUUUUUUCGUUGCAUAAGUUAACAGACCUAUAUAUUAAGUGGUGUUGUCUUGACCACCAACCAACAUUUUGUGGAUUUGGUCGCCUCACAAGCUUAUACAUGAUGAAUGUGGACAUCUCUACAAAAUCUCUUUUACAUCUGGUAUCUAGUUGUCCAUUACUUAACAAACUCGGUCUAGAAUGUAAUAUUAUCAGUAAUGAACGUUCCACUAUCAAUGAGCUAUUCCUGGUUUUACCACUGAUUGAAGAUCUGUCUACCUGGCAUUGGAUUGCCCAGUGUUUUUCUCAAGACGGAGUUCCAAAAGUGAUCCCAACCACAUUAGUCCACCUCAAAUACUUCUCUUUAUUUGAUAUGUGUUUCAGUGACGAAAAUAAGUUAUCCAUUUUUGGUCAUGUAAUAAGAAGCUCCCCAAACUUGGAAAAACUUUCAGUAAUGAUGUUGCACUAUCCAUUUCCUGAGAAUUUUGUGACCGACUCCAUUACACUUGAAGAUUAUUCGGAUAUUUGGUUGGAACGUCUCAAUGAGUUUGAGAUUGUUGAUUUUAUAAACUUGGAGCUUGAAAUGGAGUUUGUGAAGCUGAUCUUGGCCAAGUCACCUGUGCUGAAGAAGGUGAGAAUAACCCUUGAUGAUGAAGUUACCAAGGAGGAAGAGAUGUUUAUAUUAAGAAUUCUUUUACGCUGCCCAAAUGUAUCACCAGUUGUAGAAAUCAUUGUUGAGCGCUUCCCUAUGGGUAAAACUGAAUAUCAAUCCAACAAAGACACCCUGAGAUGGAAGCUAAAUGUUUUGGCUAAAGAUAGAAUCAGCACCCUCCCUCAGAACAUAAUAGAAACAAUCUUAUGUGAUCUACAUAUAAGAGAUGCAGUAAGGACUAGUGUUCUCUCAAAGAAUUGGAGGUACAGUUGGACCCGAAUUCCUAAACUUGUGUUUGUGGAGGAUACGUUUGAUAAAAUAACUGGUAAAGAUCAACUGUCUGUUAUGGAGCAAGAGCUUCAAUUGGAAGGCCUAGGAAAAUGGAGGCUUGAGACAUGUAAAUUUCUCUAUACUAUAUAUCAAGUUCUGUUAUUGCACCAGGGUCCAAUACUUCAGCUCACCCUUGACAUGCACGCAAGUGAAUACGUACUUGAAAUUGAUCAAAUAAUACUACAUUUGUCAAGGAAAAAUACUGUCACUGAAUUGAAGCUUCAAUUUGAUAGCAAUGGCGACUUGUAUAUCUUACCUCUAUCUAUCUACUCAUUGCAUCAAUUAACCAACCUACACCUCGAUGGUUGUAAAAUUCUCCAUCCACUGACAUUCAGUGGAUUUGGUAGCCUUACAACCUUAUACUUGGAUGAUGUAAGAAUACGUGCAAAAACACUUCUACAUCUUUUAUCCAAAUCUCCGUUACUUAAGAGAGUGACUCUGCUAUAUGAUCUUUACGAUAAUGACUACGUCCCUGUCCCCUUUAUCGAGCUAUUCGAGUGUUUACCGUUGAUUGAACAUCUGACAACUUCUGUGGCAUUGUUUGACCUGUGUUUAAAUAAAGAUGCAGCUCCACAAAAGCUUCCAACCUCAUUAGUCCACCUCAGAUACAUGUGUUUAGAAGAUAUACGUAUUCCUGGCCAUAAUGGGUUAUCGUGUCUUGCUCUCUUAAUCAAACCCUCCCCAAACUUGGAGAAAAUUAAUCUUCGGAAUCCGCAGAUGUAUAGAGGGGAGCAGUAUAUUGAUGGAAACCCCAUUACACUGGAAGAUUAUUCUGAUAUAUGGCUAGAGCAUCUGUAUGAAUUGAAUAUUAUAUAUUUUGCCAACCUGAAAACUGAGUUGGAGUUUUUGAAGCUAAUCUUGGUCAAGUCACCUGUGUUAAAGAAGGCGAGAAUAGUCCUCGACAAAGAGGUUACAAAGGAUGAAGAGAAUCAGUUAUUAAGAAAUCUCUUACGCGCCCCAAGAGUAUCACCCAUUGUAGAAAUCAUUGUUGAGCGUCGUUAG